CACACUUAUUUUGUAACACGUGUGUAGUAAACAGCGGAUCAGUAUUUCUUUUAGCAUUUACAUGUUCCCUUUCGAGUUUAAAAGAUUUUAAUUUCAAAGUUUUAUUUUUGAAUUACCAUUGCAGUAAAUGUUAAAAUUUUCUCAAUCCUUUUUAUCUGUGGUUAUUUUAUCUUACGUGUAAAUCUGUCUUCUUUGUUUUAACUAAAUAUUUUAUUAUUUUGUGUUACUUUGUUUUAUUGCAACUGUUUGCCAUCGGAAAUAUCCAUGUGUAGCGUGCAGCAGCGCCUGGGAGCGAGCUACACACUGAGCUCUUUUCGUCUCGCGAGCUCGCUACAGAACCAAUAAUACUUUCAUCUGGCAGUGUUAUUUCAGAACUCACAAAUGUCAGAAUGCCAAAUGAUGUUAGUAGUGUUCGGUCAGCUACUAGAAGAGUAUCAGCAAAGCCUGCUGGAAACAGCACACAAGGAGAGGAAGAGGUCACAGCUAGUGUCAUCAAAUGGAGCAGGGAGGCCACACACAGACUGAUACAACUUUACAGAGAACAUCAACAUCUUCUCAGUGAUCACCACUACAAGAAGAAAACAAUCUGGGAGAUGAUUGCCACUAAGCUUACUAAGGAAUCAGAGAUGACAAAUGGUAUGGUGUAUACUUCAUCCCAUGUUGGAAAUCGAUGGAAAAAUCUGACUAAAUUGUACAGAGACUGUUUUGAAGCAAAUCGAAAUAUGAACAAAUCUGCUAGUACAUUUCACAAGUGCCAGUUCUUUGAUGAAAUUGCUUCUGUUUACAAUUAUGAAGGUCAAGAUAGCAUUGAUAGCACCUCCAAGAGUAAAAUUACAUCAGGUACCACAUCCCAUUCUAAUAAAGAAAUACUAGUGGUUCCAACUAAGUCAACUCUAAAAAGAAUUAAUUAUGUGCAUAUAGCACCCAAGCAGUCAACAGAAUGUACUGGAAGUAGUUCAGUUUCCAAAGACAUGCCUUUGGCAAAGAAAGUUAAGAGCAGUGCUGAAGAUGUACUUACUGCUAUUAGACAUCUCAGUGAUGAUCAUAAAGUUCAAGAGAAUAUGUUUUUGGCGAGAUUAGAAAAAAUGCAUAAUGAAAAAAUGGAGAUAUUUCAACAGUAUUUUGAAAUUGUUAAGCAGCACCUGAAACCAUGAGUGGUGUGGAGCUUACAAGCGACAUGAUUCUUGAAGAGUGGAUGUAUGAUAAAGUUGGUCAAACUCAAAAGCAGUCGCUUUGUGUGUGUGUGUGUAAAUAUGAAAAGUACUGGUAAAUAUGCUCACUGUUAACUUUUCACUAUCUCGUGUGGUUAACCCUCUUAACAUGAAAUAAAAGUGUAUUACAAAGACUGGCUAAUAAUUGAAGACUGAAAA